GAAUCAUCUGUCCUACCCGGACGGCUGGAGAAGCGGCAGGCAGCUGCGCCAUGUUGGCCGACUCUCUCAUAUAUAUGCGGGCAAAAUAUGAGAGAAAACACACUUGACGAGCAGGCCAACUAAAUCUUCCCGCGCGGGAGGUUGAAGACUGUGCGGUUUCAUUUUUUUCUCCCCCCCUCUCGUGGAAAAGAAGCAAAACCGGUGGGGGGGCCGGAGAUCCGCAGAGGCUCCGGACGGGCUUGGGAAAGCUCCCCACCGUCCCCAUGAAGAGCACCGCUGAUUCCGGCAGCGACUUUCCAUGAAAAAAAGGAAACAUCCGUGUUGCUAUUUGGGCUUCUUAUCCCGCUUCUCUGGGGGGUGGGCUUGGGGCCUGUUUGGCUCCAUGUGUGCGCGUUAAAGCGACGGUCCUUUCACUAUUUGUAGCACUAUUUUGUUUUUAUCGUGUUAGUUCCUCCCUCUUUCAUUUUUUAAUUGAUUUUUUACGAUGAGUUUACCACCGAAAGUAGUUUCCAAACCCGCCGUCACCGUGAGUGGACCUGGAAGCGGACCCUCUCCGUCGAGCCAACUGCGGGCUACUCUGACCUCCGUGUCGCUGCCGCCGGGAGCCCCAGCAGUUCCCCAACCCGGAUCCGUAACGCCAACUCCGAUUCCUCGGGUUCCACAGUCACUGGAUGACAGAAUCUUCUCCACGCAGCCUGGAAUUGCCGCCGUCUACAGUCUCCCCAGGCAUGCCGGCCCUCCUUACACGCCUCACGACAUCACAAAGGGACACCCGAGCUUGGCGGGCACCCCACCGGGUCAUGCCCACUCCCCGGCGCUCUCUCAGGUAUCCGUACCCACAGCUCCCACGUAUCGCUAUCCUAAGGGCUGGGAGACAGGCGGAGGGUCUCCGUACAACCCUGGACAGAAUGCUGGCUCCGCCCCUUUAGUGUAUUCUCCUCAGACACAGCCAAUGAAUGCACAGCCGCAGAGUCGCCCGUUCGCGACAGGCCCACGACCGACCCACCAUCAGGGAGGAUUCAGGCCCAUCCAGUUUUUCCAGAGGACUCAGAUGCAGACUGCAAGGCCCACCAUCCCCACAAACACCCCCACCAUACGGCCCGGCUCCCAGGCCCCCACGGCGGCAGUCUACCCUACUAAUCAAGCAAUCAUGAUGACCAUGGCGCCCAUGCCUUUUCCGUCACCGCAGGCUGCACAGUACUACAUACCACAGUAUCGUCACAGCACUGCCUAUGUGGCGCCUCCUCAGCAGUAUUCUGUCCAGCCCCCGGGAUCUGGCACCUUCUAUCCAGGUCCAGGACCAGGGGAGUACCCGUCCCCCUAUCAUUCCCUCAGGUACCACCCACCUGUGUCACCUUCUGUCCCAGCCCCCGUGCCCACAGCCGGACCGCCGUACUACCCGGGGCAGACGGUGUACUCGGCGUCGCCGCCCAUCAUAGUGCCUACACCACAGCAACCUCCACCAGCCAAGCGCGAGAAAAAAACAUCCUCCCAGAUUCGUAUCCGCGACCCCAAUCGGGGUGGAAGGGACAUCACUGAGGAGAUCAUGGCAGGGGGGUCGGGGAGCAGGAACUCAACGCCCCCUGCCGGCCCUCCUUCCUCCACUCCUACCCCCCCUCAGCAGCCACUGAGCAGCAGGCAGACUCCGGAGCUGCAGUCGACCUCGCAGCUUCCCCAGCCUCAGCAUGGCUCUUCUGAAGACUUUACGCCAGAGCCCUUGGCGUCCCCGCAGCAGCCGCAACAAGCGGUGACAACCGGCGCCCAAGAAGCCAAACCAGGGCCAGGUGUGUCACCAAAAUUGGAACCACUUGUCCAAAAGUCUUCCCCAACUGGCCUCCUGCAGCCGGAAGCUCCAUUGGAGAGACUGGAAGCCAGCGCUCCUGCAUCGGAACCCUCUUCCACUGAUGAACCCGAGCUUGCCUUCCCUGCCGCUCAGCCCGCCCUCGGGGUCCUGCCGCCCACGGCUGUCGACACUGGUGACCAGCCGCCCUCAACUGCUUCAUUCUGCUCUGACGAGGAGCAUCAAUAUUCUUCGACGGCGCCUUGUAUUCCCACCGCUGACAACACACUUUCGGACGCCCACUCUCGGACUCCGACUGUCUCACUGUCAUCGAUUUCCAAGGCUGUGAAUGGUGUCGCGGAUCCUGACACCGAUGCGGAUGUGCCGUCCCCUGAGAUGCCUUUGGCGUCCCCAUCUGGAGCAAAUCCUCUUGUUGCUUCUCCCUCUUUUCAAGAGACCUCCUCUUUGGAAAUCUCACCCUCUGACGUCAGGCCAGAGGUGCCCGUCGCUGCUGAGCUGUCUCCCAUGACGUCUUUGGCGAUGGUCACCCUGACCUCCAGCCCUGUCACAACUUUGCGUGUCUCGGUCCCCCCCGGCCUUCCCCCUCUUGUGCAGGCCACAGCAGAGACCGAUGAGCCCAAGCAGCCCCUGGAGAGAAAGGACCUUGUCACCGGGGUGGGGGCAGAGGCCGCUGGAGUCGUUACUGAAGCAGAGACCCAGCAUAAUUCAUUCACUCGGAAGAGCCCCACUACAGUAAAUCAGGCUUCAGCUGCUACACCAAAGACCUGGAGGAAACCAAAUGAAUUGAUUCACGCCAGAGAAACACCUCUGAAGGAGAAUGAGGACAAGCCUCGGCUCGUUGACCCUGCUGCUGCGGAUCCGGCGCUGCAGUCGACACUGCUUGGGGGCUCCGGGGCAUUGCGCUUUGCCUCUGCUGACGUCCCAGCUCCUGCCAGCAGCCCCGAGGCCAACAGAAGGCUGGCUGUACCAGAGGAGAACGGAGAUGCCGAGCCGGAGGCUUUAAGGAACGGGGCGGGCCAUACCUCUGAAAAUGAGACCAACGACAGUGGUGCGUCGCCUAGGGACAAAGACAACUCCAUUGGGGCCUCGCAGGACAUAGAAGAAGGUGGUCCAGACCUGUCCGAUCCCAGCAAGAAGCGACAGUACGACAGGAGCUACUUAUUGCGUUUCCAAUACAUGCCUGCCUGUGUACAGAAACCAGAGGGUCUCCCACCAAUCAGCGACGUGGUGCUUGACAAGAUGAACCAAAACAAGUUGCCUUCUCGAGCGGUGGAUCCCAGGGUGAUUUCCAGGGGAUCCGAUUUCACACCUGCCUUUGCAGACUUUGGCAGACAGAUGAGCAGUGCGAGAGGUGCUAUGCUAAUGAACAUGGGCACGCGGCGGCCUCCUCCAAGGAAGAUCAUCAUGAGCGUCCCGGUGAAUGAUGAAGUUAAACUGCAGAGGGCAAAGAACGCCUGGAAGCCGGGCUCCAAGCGGGAGUGUGUGGUCGAGGACCCGGAGACCUUGAGGACACAGGAGCUGUUCAGGAAAGUGCGCAGCAUUCUGAACAAGCUCACGCCGCAGAAGUUCAGCCAGCUGCUGAAGCAGGUGACGGACUUGACCAUUGACACAGAAGAGCGACUGAAGGGGGUGAUCGACCUCGUUUUUGAGAAAGCUAUUGAUGAGCCCAGCUUUUCUGUCGCCUACGGGAACAUGUGCAGGUGCCUUGCUGAGCUCAAAGUGGAAAUUGCGGACAAGCCAAACAACACAGUCAACUUUCGUAAGUUGCUGCUCCACCGCUGCCAGAAGGAGUUUGAGAAGGACAAAGUGGAUGAUGUGGUGUUUGAGAAGAAGCAGAAAGAGCUGGACUCUGCUGAUUCGUCCACGGAGCGUGAGCGGCUUCAGGAGGAGUUAGAGGAGGCCAAGGAUAAGGCGCGGCGGCGAUCCAUCGGCAAUAUCAAGUUCAUCGGGGAGCUUUUCAAGCUCAAAAUGCUUACAGAGGCCAUCAUGCACGAUUGUGUUGUCAAGCUGCUGAAAAACCAUGACGAAGAGUCUCUUGAGUGCCUCUGCAGGCUUCUCACCACAAUCGGAAAAGACCUCGACUUUGAAAAAGCCAAGCCUCGUAUGGAUCAGUAUUUCACUCAGAUGGAAAAAAUAGUGAAGGAGAAGAAGACGUCGUCUCGGAUACGCUUUAUGUUGCAGGACGUCAUUGACCUGAGAUUGCACAACUGGGUGUCCAGAAGAGCCGACCAGGGGCCCAAAACCAUUGAGCAGAUCCACAAGGAGGCCAAAAUUGAAGAGCAGGAAGAGCAGAGAAAAGUGCACCAACAGCUGCUCUCCAAAGAGAACAAGAGACGAGGAGAUAUGCGAGAGCAGAGAGAGCCCCGCAUGCCCAGAGAAGAGACCUGGAAUACCGUGCCCAUGACCAAGAACAGCAGGACGAUCGACCCGAAUAAAAUCCCAAAGAUAUCAAAGCCUCAGAUGGAUGAGAAGAUCCAGCUUGGCCCGCGGGCUCAAGUCACAUGGGUGAAGGGAAGCAGCGGUGGAGCCAAGGCCAGCGACUCAGAACUGUUGAGGAGUGGCAGCAGCCUCAACCACUACUCUGUGCUGCAGUCCACACUGUCUCAACAGGCUUCGUCGGCUGCUCCACAGAACCCAGACUUUGAUUCGAGGCGGACUCUCGGAAGCAAUCGUAGCAGUGUGGCACGGGAGCGCAGUGAGAAGUCACAGGUCCAAACGGCGCCACCGUUGUCGGCGUCGCCGAGGCUCGCGUCUUUCAACCGGGGUGACAGUAAUAAGAAUCUGCAAGACAGCCAUCCCCCGGAGGAGACGCGGAGGGAGCGGGAGAACGAGGCAGCAGAGCCCCGCAGAAAAAGUGUCACUGAGGACAAACCAGAGCCAGAACCAGAGCGUAGCAAGACCAGAGAGCCUGUCAAACCGGAGCCAGAAAGGCUUGUCCUGUCUGAGGAAGACAUGGAGUUUAAGUCCAAGUCCAUCAUUGAUGAGUUCCUCCACAUUAAUGAUUACAAGGAGGCCGUUCAGUGUGUGGACGAGCUGGUUUCGGCCCCCCAGCUGCACAUCUUCGUGCGUGUCGGAGUGGAGUCGACGCUGGAGCGCAGUCAAAUCACACGGGACCACAUGGGCCUGCUCUUCUUGCAGCUGGUUCAGCAGGGAGUUCUGCCAAAAGACCAGUUUUACAAAGGGUUUGCUGAAAUACUGGAGCAGGCGGACGAUAUGGCUAUCGACAUUCCUCAUAUCUGGCUGUACCUGGCCCAGCUGCUAAGCCCCGUGCUGAAGGACGGAGGCUUCUCUAUGAGAGAGCUCUUCAGUGAAUUGAGCAAACCCUUGUUAGCUGUGGGAAGAGCAGGAAUCCUCAUAUCUGAAAUACUGCACAUACUAUGCAAACAUAUGAGCCAUACAGCUGUGGGUUCUCUGUGGAGGGAAUCUGACCUCAGAUGGCCUGAUUUCCUGCCAGAGGGAGAGGAUGUCCAGGCCUUUAUCUCACAACAGAGGCUGGAGUUCACCCAGUUGGACGGCGCGCAACCCGAAGCAGCGCUCUCUAAAACGACCUUGUCCCCUGAGGAGCUGAGCCAGCAGCUGGAUAGGCUCCUGCUGGAGGACAAGGCCAGCGACGAGCAAAUUUUUGACUGGGUGGAGGCAAACCUGGACGAAACGCAGAUGAGCUCGUCACCCUUCCUGAGGGCACUGAUGACGGCCGUGUGCAAGGCAGCGGUGAAAGACAUUGGCACCAACUGUCAAGUAGACAAAGCCAUCAUCCAGAGGAGGUUGCCCGUAUUACUCAAGUACCUUAACUCAGACACUGAGCGACAGCUGCAAGCACUUUAUGCACUUCAGACGCUGAUAGUCUCCCUCGAUCAGCCUCCCAACCUACUGCGGAUGUUCUUCGAUUGCCUCUACGAUGAGGACGUCAUCUCGGAGGAGGCGUUCAACAAGUGGGAGACCAGCAAAGACCCCGCAGAGCAGGAGGGCAAAGGCGUGGCCCUCAAGUCGGUGACGGCCUUCUUCACGUGGCUGCAGGAGGCCGAGGAAGAGUCGGAGGACAAUUGAGGAGACGUGCAUGGCCCCGCUCGACAAAAUGUUGAACGUGACCCGUUCAUGUUCGCUGGAAUUCCUUUUUCUGCGGUACGGUUUGGAAACAUGCCGCCUUUUUCAGUUUGAAUUCCAAUGACGGAAGCACUAAAUACAUGUAUUAUACAUAGAAAAUAUUUUUGUUUUAAAUUUUAACUUACUUUUUUUGUUACUUUUUAAUAAGAGACUUAAAAAAAGAAGCAGCAGCAUAGAUUCUGGACUCGUUAAUUUAUUAUUUUUUUAAGGGCUGCAAAUAUGGAAGCAAGAACCUGAAGCAGCAGAAAUAAUAAUAUUAAAUAAGAAUGAUAACAAAAUAUUAAUUUUGACAAAGGAAUAGAACAGCCUCCCUGGAUUCUACACUGUUUGGAAUGAAACAGGGUAGCACAAAAUCAUUUGGGGGUUGAAAAGAAGCCAAGCUUGCGGUUAAAAUAAUCCCCCCCAAAAUCUCCCUCGGCCUCUGCUUGUACUGUUCACGUCGGCGCGACGGAAAAUGGACAACCGCAGAUGAACAAAGUGGACACGGAACCAUAAAUUGCCAGGAAGGACGAUGGAGGAACUAAGGGGAAGCGAAGCGCUCAUGACAAAAAUGCUUGUAAUACUUCAGCCCCACCCAGCUCAAUGAAAGCUUGUAAAUACAUUAAAGAUGGAGAGAAAAAAAGUGUUUCGAAACUUG